AACCUCCCGAGCACGUGUCAGCGAGUGCGAACGCGUACCAGUGGGUGAACUUGGUGGUUGUGAGUGUUCAGUUUUAAUGACAUGUGAGAGAAAAUUUCGGUUUGUGGAGGUAUUAUUGUGAACGCAAGAUGGAUUUGAAAACUUCUUUUUGGCUCUUGUCGCUUUUCUUGUGUUUGGUUGAAGAUGGAGAUGCAGGCAAGGGUAGAAAGGCCGGUAGACACGGACAAAAGUUUUUGAGGAAUGUCAGACUCAGCAACCAUGUACGACGCAACGCCACACAAGACUCAGGUCUAUGGCCUUCUGUGUUCAACCUGGCAACUAAAGCUGUCAUCAGCGUCAACGCCACGUGUGGAGAAGGUGGGCGCGAGGAGUUCUGCAGAAUGGCCGAGGGGGCUAAAGGUAGAUGCGGAAUCUGCGAUAACUUCAGCCCGGAUAGCGGAAAGAGACACUCCAUCCAUUUCGCUAUUGAUGGUUCGAAUAGGUGGUGGCAGAGUCCGGCAUUGUUCUAUGGCCCAGAGUUCGAGUACGUCACGAUAACCAUAGAUCUGAAACAGGUCUAUCAAAUAAUGUAUGUCAUCAUCAAGGCUGCUAAUUCACCUAGGCCAGGUACAUGGAUCUUGGAGCGUUCCAUCGAUGGCGAUGUAUUCGAACCCUGGCAAUAUUUUGCUAGGAACGACAAGGAAUGUGUAGAGAGAUUUGGCAUGACACCGAGGAAAGGGAAACCGAAAUAUUUCACAGACUCCGAAGUGAUCUGUACAUCGUUUUAUUCGAAAUUGACGCCGAUGGAGAAUGGGGAGAUUCACACGUCCCUCAUCCACGGACGACCAGGAGCGAACGAAACAAGCCCAGAACUUCUGGAAUUCACUAGAGCGCGUUACGUGCAACUACGUCUGAUGGGACUGAGGGGAAAUGUGGAGCCGCUUCCGGAAUGGUUCGUCGAAGACCUCUCCAGGGACAAGAGGCUUUUCUAUUCCAUCAGGGACAUCAAUAUCGGCGGUCAGUGCGUGUGUAACGGUCACGCACAAAACUGCAGAUACAACGUGGCCUCUGGGCACCCCGAAUGCGACUGUGGACAUCACACCUGCGGCCCCCACUGCGACCGAUGCUGCCCCCUUUACAACCAAAGACCCUGGGGUCCUGGAUCUUCCAGGGAUGCCCGCCCAUGUCAAUCUUGCAACUGUCACGGCCACGCGAAAAGUUGUCAUUACGACGAGGAGGUAGAGAAAGCAGGACUAAGUAUGGAUAUCCAAGGAAACUAUCAGGGCGGGGGUGUUUGCGACAAUUGUACGGACCAUACAACCGGAAUCAACUGCGAAUUAUGUCUGCCAGGAUACUACCGACCCUCGGAGUUGGCUCCAGAUUCAGAAGCCCCAUGUGUACGAUGCAAGUGUGAUGGUAUAGGUGGCUCUACCGAUUGUGUGCAAUAUGGUGAAGAAGCCGGAAAAUGCGUCUGUCAGGAGGGUUAUUCAGGCCCAAAUUGUGACGAGUGUGCGCCCGGCUUUAGAGGGUUCCCCAAUUGUGAGAGGUGUCCGUGCGAUCCCAAAGGGGUUGUUAAUGUUGGCGAUUGCGAAGGGAGCUGCAUUUGCAAAGACAAUGUUGAAGGCGAAUAUUGUGACCGCUGUAAACCAGAACAUUUUGGUCUCAGAACUGAUUAUCCUGGAGGAUGUGCUGAGUGUUACUGUUCAGGAGUGACAUCUCUAUGUGAAUCUGCGAUACUUCAAUCUCGAAAGAUCAGCAUCAUGAAAGACUGGUACAUAUCCGACCUGAAGAAUUCGAUCUUCGUCAAACCCACCAAGGAUGAUCAAGGCCUCCUAUCAGUAGGUAGCUACGAGCUCCCAGAUGUAGAGGCCUACUACUGGCUAGCUCCCGGGGAUUUCACGGGCAACAAGUUAGAGGCGUACAGUUCGGAUAUCGUCUUCAAGGUGCACUGGGUCAUCAUGAGGGGCGAUACGAGCGGUGAACCGACGGUGGGUCCCAAUAUUAUCUUAGUCGGCAGGAACGGCAUGACGAUCGCCCACGGCAACGAAUUCUUCGCAGACUCAUCGAACACAACGUUCCGGGUGAAAAUGAACGAAGUGGGCUGGUAUCACGUUUCCAAAGACGUUAAGGAUAUCGGGCAACGUCUCAGACGGGAGGAAUACAGGGGCGAUCCGGUGAAUAGGCGCCAAUUCCUCAGUUUGCUGAGCGAUAUCAGAUUCCUGAUGGUCAGGGCCACCUUCCACACCGAUCAGAUCGAGGCAUUGUUGGAGAGCGCCGAAAUGUUCUUGGGUAACAUCGACGAAUCAGAGACGUACAGUGCCGUAGAAAAAUGCUCCUGUCCUUCAGGAUACUCGGGUCUUUCGUGUGAAUCAUGCUCUUUUGGUUACGUGAGGAUUAUGGCCAACACAUCAGACCAUCGCCUGCAGGCCUUCUGCGGCAAAUGCGACUGCAACGGCCACUCAGAAACCUGCAGCGCGGACACUGGUGAAUGCUCUUGCCUGCACAACACUAUCGGUGAGAGGUGCGAGCGUUGUGCCCCCGGAUUCUACGGAAACCCCCUAAGAGGCACCCCGUUCGACUGCAAGCCUUGCGCUUGUCCCCUGGAAAAUGAAGAGAACAACUUCAGCCCCAGCUGCCAGCUGGAUUACGUCGACGAAGAGGACGAGGACAGAGGAGGAUACGUCUGCACGCAGUGUCCCAAAGGGUACACCGGAGAUCACUGUGACGUGUGCGACGAUGGUUACUUUGGGAACCCUCUGGAAAUAGGAAAUAAGUGCUCCCCUUGCGACUGCGGAGGUGGGCCUUGUGACAGGGUGACGGGCCAGUGUCUGAGCUGCAAGGGCAACACCGAAGGAUGGAAGUGCGAGAGGUGUAAGCCAGCCCACUACGGAGACCCUGCCGCGUCAGACUGCAUGGCUUGUCUGUGCGAUCCAGUGGGAUCAUUAUACAAAGAAUGUGACAACGAGACAGGACAGUGCCAGUGCAAGCCCCAUUAUAUUGGACGUACCUGUGAUAAGUGCGAGGAGGGCUUCGGUAACGCUACUGGAGGCUGUGCGCCUUGCAACUGCGAUCCUGUCGGCUCGGUCUCCUUGAUUUGCGACGCCGUCACUGGAUUAUGCGAGUGCCGUCCCGGCGUCGAGGGAUUCCACUGCGACGCCUGCCAGAACUUGCAUUACGGCUUUUCCAAGGAAGGAUGUGAACCUUGCGGCUGCGAUCCAGACGGUUCCCUUUUCAACACUUGCAAUUCGAGUGGACAGUGUAUGUGCAAACCGAACUACCAAGGAUCAAAAUGCAAACGAUGCAAGACGGGGUACUGGAAACACCCGGAACGGGGAUGCAUAGAAUGUUUCUGCAACAGGGACGGAUCAGUCAGUCGAGACUGUGACGCUGAAACAGGAAAAUGCCUGUGCAAACCGGGAGUAGGUGGAGACAGGUGCAAUUCUUGUUUGCCGAGGUACUACGGUAACAUUACAAAUGGUUGCAAGGAGUGCGAUCCUUGUGACAAGGAAGGACACAUAUGUGAUCCCUACAAUGGUAAAUGUGUUUGUCCAUACCUAACUGCUGGGUAUAGCUGUGAAAGAUGUGCCUUGAACUCUUGGGGCUAUAUUCCUUUAAUUGGGUGUAAGAACUGUUCCUGCUCGACCACCGGCAGCCUGAAACAGCAGUGCGAUCCCAACUCCGGCAAGUGCGAUUGCAAAAAAGGAUAUGAGGGUGAAAAGUGCGAUUCCUGCUCUUUCGGUUAUUAUGGUUAUCCAAACUGCAGGCAGUGUACCUGCGAUCCGAACGGGACUCUCGAAGGAGAAUUUGCUAACGGUGUGGCCAGAUGUGAUGAAGAUGGUGGCUGCAGAUGCAAGGAAUUCGUAGAAGGAAAGAAAUGCAACGAAUGUAAGCACGGAACUUUCGGACUUGACAAGAACAACCCCCAAGGAUGUAUUAAGUGUUUCUGCUUUGGACGAAGUAACACAUGCACUGCCCUCGACUACACAUGGGACCAACUUCAUACCGACAGGGUGCCAUACACUAAAGACAAUUGCCUAUUCUCCUCGCCCUGUAUCAAUCUACCCCCCAAGUUCACCGGCGACCUGACCCUCUCCUACGGCGGAUUCCUGAGGAUAAUAGGCCCUUCCACCACGCCCGAAUACCUGGUUCGCCUCACCGGAAACAACGUCACAAUCGAGAGCAGCUUCAGCGACGACGUCAGGCUUGACGAACUGAACUGGCGCAUUUUCCGGACCUCCGACAAGUUGCUGCCGGAUUGCAACCGGGAGCUGAACAGGGGAUGCAUGAUGGUGAUCUUGCAGAACGUUUCUAACGUGGCUGUCAAGACGUCCACGCAGGAAGAGAUAAGCGAGGUACUUCUGGAUAAGGCUGUGAUGAUAUCUUCUGCUCAACGCGCAAGAACCAUAGAGAAGUGCGAAUGCCCUGAGGAAUACACCUCCCUCUCUUGUCAGGAUCCUAGUUCUGGUCAUUAUCGAUAUAGACUACAACCAGAAGAUUCUCCUCACACAUGGGUAGAUAGGAUCGUGGGAGUGGCAAAAAAAUGCAAUUGCAAUGGGCUAUCGGACACUUGCGACAUCGACACAGGACAUUGUUUGAACUGCAGAAACGAUACCAAUGGUCCUCAUUGUGAAUAUUGCGCUGAAGGAUUUUACAAAACACAGGACAACUCUUGCAUGCCGUGUCAAUGUCCUUCGGAAAAGCAGAACUUCGCUAAAAACUGCACCGCCAACCAUAAGAUGAACCAGUUCGUCUGUAUGUGCAAAGAAGGAUACACAGGAAAAAAAUGUAACAAAUGCGAAGAUGGAUAUUUCGGGAAACCUCAAGAUAUCGAAGGCUCUUGUGAAAGAUGCGAUUGCAAUCCCUACGGCAGCAUCACAACAACUUGCGACAAAAUUUCCGGCCGCUGUCAGUGCCACGAUGGUUUUACAGGUAUGAGAUGCGACCAGUGCAAAAGUCCAAGGAAAUACAUUGAUAACGGAGUUUGUACGGCUUGCGAUGAAUGCACUCAGAUAUUAUUCAACUCUAUAGACGACAUAUCGAAUCGACUAAAUGAAACGCUCGAAUCCUUUGGGGAUGGCUUGCAGGGUCCUUGGAAAUACCUCGACGCUUUGGAAGAUCGCAGCGAUCUCCUCAAAGAAAGGUUCACCAGAACUGAAGACCAAAUGGAAAAAUUCUCUCAAAAUCUUGAAGACAUUAGAAAAUACGAAGAUAAAGCUAACAAUUUACACAGCGCUUUGAAAACAAAGACCAGACAACUUGAAAAUCAAAUCGAAAAUAUCAAUCGCAUAGGAAGCAUUACCAUUGAUAUAGGAAAAAACAUAACGUAUUUACAAAAUAAGAAGGACAGUUUCGUUAACGAGAUGAACAAUUUCGGUACUUCACAUCUCAACGUCAAAAAAUCAUUGGAAGAAGGAAUGAAGUUACUUAAGGACAUAGACGCCAACGCUAAAAUUAUAAACACGGACGAAAAAAAUGAUAUUAUCUUUAGGUACUGCAAGGGCAUUAUAAAACAGGUUGAAGAUAUUUAUCAAAUCCAAGAUUUAAACAUCGAUAAAAUAUUUGACGAAGUUGAACAUUUGAAAAUGAGGUUCAAUGACAUGAACAAUUUGUCUGAAUUGGUCGUGAAACAAGCAAAGCAAGUCAAGCUCAGAAAUAAGGACAAUACGAUUAAAUACCACGAUGUCAACAAAACAAUAUCGAUACUCAAGAAUAGGUAUAAAAAGACCAUGGAAGAUAUAGCUUAUUCCAAAGAUAAACUAGUGAAGGCAGAUGUGACUCUUAAAAUGGUGAAGAAAUUGUCGCAAGAUUUUUUGACGACUGAUCUGGAUAAAUACUUUGAAAUAUUGAAGAAAGGAGAUGAAAAUUACGAGGAUAAUGCAGAAGACAUAGAGAAGAAGUUAAAGGAUAUCAAAAAACAUGUGGAAAAUCUUAACGAGACUCUGAUGGACCUAAAAAGACAAGUGAAUUUCACCCAGGAGGAAUGGAAGAAGAUAAACGCAGGGGAAAGUUACGAAAAGAUUGCCAAAGGAGUCUCCGAAGCAGAAAACGACUCAAUUGAAGCAGAGGCUCUUUUCAACAGAGUGAACGAAAUUAUAAACCCUUCAGACACCGACACACUACUCAUUCAAAGCACCCUCUCCUUUGGAUUUUCUGAUCGUCUCAAACAGAGAAUAAUAAACCAUGUGAACCAGAACGACCUACGAAAAAAAUUGGACAACGUUAGGUACGAAUUGGAUAAUCUGGAAAGAGACAUCUACAAGAGCGGAAUAAGCAUCAACAAUUUCAGCUCGCUAAUGCAUAAUUUGAAAGAAAGAAUAUCGACGAGCAGACCCAACAUGGACGACAUGAAAGAGGUCAUCGAAACAGCUUCCGAUAUCUCCAGAAACAUGACGAGAAUAAUUUCUGACGUGAAUACCAUGCGUUACAUCAAUGAGCAUAACUUGACUAGACCCUUCAAUAAAUACCUCAAUUUAACAUCGAAAGAAAAAACGAGAGAAUUGAACGAGCAAAUUUAUUCGAAAAUAAACGAAAUCGAGAAACUCAACAUAAAUACCAAUCUUCAUGGCAUCAUUGACAGGAAGAAUGAUCUUCUCGCACAAAGCUACGAGCAGCUGAAUAACCUGAAAAACAAAAUACUAGCAUUGAAGUCUAACAUUACUUUCACCACUCAGAGAGUCAACAACUUAUACCUUCCGAUAUCCCUAGCAAACUGCUCCAGGUGGUAUCAGGUGAAAAAUAUAGGAGUAUUCAACAGUAUGCGAAUGAAGUUCAAUUGCAGUACCUGCGAUCUGCUCAACUUGUCGAGUAACGGUCACAAGAUCAGCAUGAGAGUUAUUGACGAUCUCUUUAUGCUCGAAUGGAAUAAAUUUCCUGUCGAAGUAGAAAUCGACAAGGAUAGGAUUACCACAGUAGAAAUAAAAAGAAAACAGAACAACUUAUACCUCCUCAUCCAAAACCAAGUUAUUGAGAUACCAGAUACGCAACUACUCCACAUAUCCACCAAUGAUCUGAUAAAUAUAGGCACAAACGUGAAUCACUCUAGUGCUGGCUGUUUAUACGAAUUCUUCCUCAACGAAAUCAACGUUGGACUGUGGAAUUUCGUGAAGAGUGUAGGAAACUGCACAGCAUGCGAAACGGAGGCAAGGGGGUCUGAACAGGAAAAACUCAACACCCUAUAUGUGGAUGGAGGUUACUCAUUGUACAACGUGUCCACGUUGAACCCACAACAGUUUUCGGUGAUUCUCAAUUUCAGGACUUUCGAUGAAAAUAGUCUUCUGUUUCUGGCACAAGAAAUAUCUAAUCCAUGCGCCUUCAUGUCCCUCGUGCUGAAUAACGGCAAACUGGAAUUCUACAUGAGACACAACGAUAACUCCACGAUAGUCUCCAUACCAAUCGAGAAGAAAUUCAAUGACGGCAAGGAAAACAACAUCAACAUCGCAUUGCAAUACAAGAGCAAUAAGCAGUAUUACGAUGUUACUGUGAACGACAUGUCCGUAAACGAAAUAAGGAAUUUGAUUAGAAUGCACGUUUUCAGGAUAAGACAGAGUAGGUACUUUGUAGGAGGUGUGAGUCCAACAUUCAACAGGAGCUGCAUAUCGGUCAACACGACAUCAUUCGUUGGAUUUCUGAAUCAUCGUAGCGAGAGAAACCUGCGGACAAUAGUUUCGUAUAAUACUUUCCCGAGAAAUGUAAAGGAGCUUAAUUUCUAUCGUGCUUGGUUCACUGGAGACGGCUAUCUCAUCUUGAACACCACAGCCAAAUACAGAAGGAGAGCUUUCAAUAUUUACUUCGAGUUAUACACAGCAUCAAACACCAGUUACUUAAUGACCAUCGAUAAAGUAGGAAAGCUUGCCAUAAGAAACAGAAAGCUAAUUUUCGAACUUCAAAAUGGAGAACGCAUCGAGUCGGAGAUGACAUUAAAUGGAGUUUUGGACACUGUGAACGUUACUGUUGGGGAGGAGGCUUCCAUACUUGGAGUGAAUGGUGAAGAGAGCAAAGGCCAAGGUAUCAAAUUGCUGAGGGGAGAUCCUGUCAUGCUGUAUAUUGGGGAGGAUACUACGAAAGAAUACGGUGGAUUUUUGGGAGGAAUAUCUAACAUUUACAUUGAUAACAAGGAAGUAAACUUCAACUUCUCCACUGUAGUCGAUUUCAAACACGUUGAAAUCGGACGAUGGAGGACACCAGACCUUCCAGAAGAGAUACCAACAAGCCUUACGAUAACGGAAAAUCCUGACAGUAUGCAAAACACGCAAGGUUGCUAUCCAGCAUCACCACACCAGAUAGAUCCAUCUGCAAUAAAGUUUGGCGAUAAGGCACCCAGUUACGUGUAUAAGAAAAACUCGUUCUGGAGAAAAAACUUCACGAUGGAACUGCAAUUUCGGACCCUUUAUCCGGAAGGUACAUUGAUGAUCGCUACGAGCUCGAAGCCUAGACCGCAAUACAAUAUUUUGGAGAUUCGUAAGGGAAAACUGCAGUACUCCAUCAAAGGAAAACGAAAACCAACAAAUAUAAUAUUCGACGGAAAGGUUGAUGACGCAGAAUGGCACACGGUCAUAAUCGAACAGAUAAUAGUUAAGAAAAAAAGACGGUUGCUUAUUGCUCUUGAUGGGGAUUGGCAAAAACCAUCCAAGAUACCAAAGAGUAAUGUUCGUAACGAAUUUUACCUAGGAAAUGUACCUGAGAACUUCACAACGAGAGACAUUAGUAUACAGCAAUUCAUUGGAUGCAUUCGAGAUUUUAAGAUAAACAAUAUACCACAACUGAAUACCAAAGAUCUGUCGGACUACAUGAAUUUGGGAUCCUGUUUUCCCAAAGUGGAACGAGGAGCAUAUUUUGGGGGAGAUGCUUAUAGCAUUUACAAACGAGAUUUUCAUGUCAACCAACAACUUGAGCUGAGCUUUGAAUUCAAGACAUCAGAGCAAAAUGGGAUUUUACUGAGCCUCUCAAAUUCAGGAAACAGUCCUGCUCUUUCAAUUGAACUACAAAAUGGAGGCAUGGUGAUGUCUGUUGACUUGGGAAUAAGUCCUAUUUUCAGCGUUAUGAAUGACUUGAAUUCUGAUUUUGCCUUGUGCAACAACAAAUGGCAUAAUGUUACUGCAAUUUACUCCCAGUAUGAACUGACAGUGAAGAUAGAUGGUAUUGCCAGGAGUUGGGCAAGAUAUGACACCAACUCUCUUUCUGACGACAUUGAGGCUCCACUUUACAUUGGUGGUUUACCAGAGGCAGCACCAAGUGGGACAUUGAAAGUAAGAGAAAAUUUCAAGGGUUGUUUGAGAAAAUUCAAAAUUGGUGAACAAGUGAAAGAUUGGACUGAGAUGGAAGAAUUAAACGGUGUAUCUCUUGAUUCCUGUCCUUUAGUGGACUAAUAUUGUAGUUAAAAAUUUAGGUAGUUAUUUAUUGAAUUCAUGUUUAAUCAGUUCUUGAUCAAUGUUAUUUGUAAUAAUGAAUCACUGCCAUUUAUUGUAUAUACCAAUGAACUAUUGUUGUAAAUAAUUAACUGUAUAAUUUUUAUCUUAUGUAUUUUGUAAAAAAUAAAUCUUACCUGACUUGACAUA